AGUUGUUUUAGAAUUGCAACCGAAAUUCGCGAACAAAACAUUUGAGAAAACCAAGAGAACGACGUGCAGCAUGUGGCCGCAAACGUUGCAGAUGUCACGGGACGAGUGCAGAGGCAUGCUGCGUCGCCUAGAGCUGGAAUCAUAUUCGCACAUCAUCAGUGUUUUCCGCGCUCAGGGCUGUCUCAGCGAACCGAAAGCGAAGCUGCUGGAGGAACUGCGCCAAUACUUUCAUAUCACGAUGGAACGCCAUCGCGCAGAGGUGCGGCGUGCGGUCAACGACGAGCAGUUGUGUACCAUUGCGGAGAAUGUUUGCGGUCCGAACACAUGGCAGGAAUGGUCACGUGAAGGUCGUCGUCCGUAUCCGCUGCUUCCACGCAUAGAUCCACAGACCGCUCUCACAAUUGUGGCCAAUGAUUUGGCGGCCAAAGCGUUUGCGGAAAACGCCAAAUUAGCCGCGCCGGCUGAAACGGGUGCCAAUCUAAAGGAGGCCAUGCUGGAUCAGGCCACCUAUGUGGCGCUAAAGCAUGGCAAGGCCAAGAAGCAGGAUCCACCACAUGUGGUUAUGGAAGAGCCGUUCAAGGUACCCGAUGUGCCGAAUGAGGUGAAGAAGGCGACGCUUAAACGCAAAGAGAUCGAGGGGGAAUCGAAGCCCAACAAGAAGCGCAGCACACAACAUGAGAAGCAACAACUGUUGCAGCAAUCGUUGGCCAACAUCGAGGAUGGACAUGCCCAGGAGCCGGAGGAGGGUCGCAAACUAAGCGCGCGCACCCUGCAGAAUCGCUUCUUCUACCAGCAGCAGCAGAAGCACAAACAGCGCAUGUCCAGCAAGAAAGCAACGGCCGCAGGUGCUCUUACCAAUCACAGUGGAGGCCUCGCCACAAACAAGCGAACGGCAGCGCCGGCUAAGAGCGGCCGAAGAAGGGCACAAAAGCAAUUGCAGCAACAGAAGCAGCAGCAACAGCUGCAACAACAACAACAGCACCAGCAUCAGCCACAACUACAGCUUCAGCAACAGGCACAACCUAAAGUAUUAUUAGGGGCGGAAAAUGCGCCAACAGCUUUGGCCAAUCACGUGGCGAAUUACCACGAGGUGCAACCGCAUGUGGAAUAUAUACUGGAUGAGGCGCUCAAAUCUGUCUCAGCGGUGCCGACACCCACAUCCCCAGUAACUCCCAACUUUGCCAAAGGCAAACAUAUCGGCGUAGCUGGCACGCGUCUCUAUACGCCUUCGUCCGCCACUGAGCGUGUGGAAAUCGGCUCGCCUACACAGCGCACGGUGUUUGCCAACUCACCGAUUGUAUUCAAAGAGAAGUUGCCGCCGCAGCAGCAGCAACAGCAGCUCAUAACUCCCGUUAAAAAGUACAUUGUAGAGGAGCGUCCAACACAGCCCGCAGCAGCGACACCGCCAGCCACGUCCAUAGCCGUGCCCAGUAGUAGCAACAGCGGCAACAGCAAUAAUAAUAUCUCGACAGCCAAUCUGCCGCUGGCACCACAAAUCAUCAGCGUACAGCAAAUACCCGCACCAUCGCUUGGCUCCAAGCUGCGCGCCACAACAGCAGCAACCACAACAACCAUAUUGCCCGCAGGCACCAAGCUAACGCCCAAAAAAGUGCAGCUGCUUGAAUUGGAGGGCAAGCCAAAGGCCACGCCGUCAACAGCAGUACGAUUGCUGCCGUACGAUCAGCAGCAGCAACUGCAUCCGCCAUCUCUCGGCAAUCUCAGCAAAGUGGAUAAGCAAACCGCAGUUCAAAAGUACAUUGUGGAGGAGCGACCGCCAAAUCAAACCAUUGCCACCCUAUCGCCCACAAGCCUAACAGCAUUGGGUCCUGUCAAUGCCUCGACAGUGAAUAUAAUUAAGAAUAUACCGGCCGCUAGUUUAAACAAUACGUUAAUAACGCCACUUGCAGCGCCCAAUCCCACAAACCCCAACAAUCCCAACGUUCCGAAUGUCUUCCGCAAAGCAGCAACGAAUAUCAAUAUUAAGGCAAUCAAUGCCACAGGCGCUAGCAGUGGCACAAACAGCGUCAAUGCGACCCAAUUGCUGGGCAACAUUAAGCUAAAUGCGGGCCCCACGUCGGGCGCCCAAACGUUUAAUAUCAAACAGGUGCCCAGCAGUGCUCUACGAAACAUUAAAUUCUGCUCAUCCAAUGGCAAAGUUUUUCUGCAACAGGCCAAGAUACCAGCAGGCAGCAUUAUACAUAAAUUGAAUAAUGCCAGCAGUGGUGUGGCAACAAAUAGCAGCGCCCUCUCACCCACUGGAGCGCCUACAUCCACGCAGCCGGCUCAGCGCAUUACGAUACAGAAAAUGCAGAUAUUGACGCCCUCGCAAGUGAUCUCAAGUGCCGCAGGCGGCACCAGCAGCGGCACGGGGGUAACCACAACCAUUGUGACGAGCAGCGCCGGCGCCGGCGCCAAAGUCAAGCCCACCACACUGACCUUUGCCACAGCCACGGGCAGCAAAAAUAAUCUCGUCAUUCUGCCCGUCAGCGCGUCCAGCAACAUGCGAACGGUUACUUUGGCCGCCAAGCCUGUCACCAAAAUAGCCGGAGAGGUGCUAGCAACACCGAAGCCGAAUGUCUUGGUCAUUGGCUCAGCCAACGCCACUGCUGCAGUGGCAACAACAACAACCACAGUGGCAGCAACGCCACCACAGCAGCAACAACAAUUGGUGGUCAGCAGUAGCAACAAACCGAAGGCCCAUCAGCUAAUAACCGAGGACACUCCCAUCGAUAUUAUUAAUAUGCCCAUCAUAGUGGCCGACAACAAUGGAUCUGUCAGCAGUUCGACAGAUGCGAAAGCAAGAACUACCCUCAAAGCAACCACAACAGGGCCACAGCCACUGGUGGUGUUGAAUACCACCGACUGGGAGGUGGAAUUGGAUCAGGCCUCGAAAGCAACGACUGUUAAGGGCGCAACCUCAACAACAAAUUCUUCUGCCCCCAAGGGCAACAGCAAUCCGACGCUGGAGGAGGUGAUCGUCGAGUGUUCCAAUGAAAAUAAUGCUAUCGAAGAACAGGAGCAGCAGCAGCAGGACCAGCAGCAACAGGAGCAGGUUAACAAUCGCAUAAUCGAACUGGACGAUGAGAGCGUUGAGUAUGUGGACAUGGAUCUGGAUCAGCCCAUUGAGAUUCAGAGCACCAGCAAUCUGGAGUCGUUGGAGGAGCUGGGCGUGGCAACAACAAUGGUGACAACAACGACCACUUCGCUCAAAACUGCAAUAAUGUCGACACAAUUGUACGAUGGAAAUGACAGCCAAAUGCCACAGAAACUGCAAGCAGCGCAGGAUAAUGCGACAGCGGGAACAACAACAAUAGCCACAGCAGCAGCAGUAGCAGCAACAACAAUACCAGCUGCAACAACAAUGACGACGCAGCCAUAGGCAGCGCUGCCUACGUGUUAGGAAUUUGUUAUUAGCCGGAGAAAGUUAAUUUGAUAUUUAAUUAAGCGAAAUGGGUCGAGUAGAGGAGGAGAGGAGAGGAGUAGAGGCAAGGAGUGAGAGCGCACAACAGAUUUAUAUCUUUUAGACUUAGCACCAACUCACCCCCCCACACACACACACACACACACACACACACACAUACACCCACACACCAAUAUAUACCUUGACACACACAAAUGCAUACCUAUAACCAGGCUUAUUAGCAUUAGUUUUUUAAAUAGCAUCAGUUUAUUUCUUGGAGCGAAGUGCAACAUUACUUUAUAACGCUUGUGUAUAAAUAUUAAUAAUAAUAUAAAUAAUCGCAUAGUUUCUAAUUUGCAAUGAGUUUUGAGCUUAUAGAGCAAGUACCUAGUAGCAGAUCCUCAAGAAUUUUGCAGAAGAACCGAAAUUUUUGAACAAUAGCUUAAUGAUAUCUCCUCCAGGUUAGUUAAUUAAAGGCGCCCCCUCCUAGUUAGUCAUUCGACAGUGGUUUAUGAAAGUAAAGUUAAUUUUGUCUCUUUCGAAUUCUCAAUUAGGUUGCCUGCCAUAACAUUUUGGCUUUCGUUGACAAUUCGUAUACACAGUUUUCAAAAUGAAACUCUAAUUCUGUAUAGUUUGUAAAUAUAUAUAAAAAAAAUAUUUAAAAAAAAAAACAAAAAGAAAGAAGGAACCCCAAAACCAACAGCUACAUCCGAACACUAGUUGCUUAGCAUAAUUUAAAUCAUUAAAACACUGUACACGGAAUUGUUUUACGUUCUUUAAACCUAUUCCUAUUUAAUUGCAUUACUAUUACAACUACUUAUUACUUAUUUAAUGAGAUUAUAGUUCUUAGUUCGCAAGGCCGCUAACUGAAAACGAAAACGAAAUUUGUAGCUUGUAAGCGAAACGAUUUUAAAACUUUUCACAUUGUAUGUAAAUAAUUCAGCGAUAGUGUUGAACAUCCAAUCCAACAUCGUCUAGAGAUUUAGUAAAGUAGUUCAAAAUAAGUUGCCACAUCAGAAGUUAAAAUGUUUUGCGCACUUUGUUAAAUGCAAGAAAUAAGCGCAGAGGAAAAAAAGGAGGACUAAGAUGAAGAAACGAGAUGAAGGUCGAGGAACAGGAACAGACAAACAUGAUUAGCCCUAUAAUUAUAGUUAGUCGUUAAGCAUUUUAUGCGCAUAUUGUGUAACGUUAAAAUCAUAUGUAAAAUAUAUAUAAAAUAAUUUUUAAUGAGAACCACACACUCGGGAAAAAGAAAAGCAAGAGAGAAAAGGGGAAACAAUUAUCGAAGCCACACGAAAGUUUUUCAAAAUAUUUACAAAACACUUUAAGAGUAAUUCAAAUUAAGUAUAUUGUUGAACAAUGCGUGUCGCUGUA